UGUCAGCUCUAUAAAUAUCUUCGCCUUUUAGAGGUUUUGUCCAUUCAGGUUUAGUUUUGUGCGUGCGUUUCUGCUCUGAGAGGCGCAUUUAUUGGAUAUAACUUUGUAAUGUGGAUUCAGUGAGUUAUUCCAGGGACAUUAUGGCGACCACGAAAUGCAUUUCAAUUUCCAGAGUAUUUGGGUCGUUGUUGGAGGUCAACAAUACUCGCCAGACAAGGACUCCUUGGUGAAUCAACAACAACAGCUUGUUCACUAAUACCCAUCCGUUGCAUCAACGCAUACGAAAAAUUCGGAGAAGUUCUGCAAAACAGUAGGAACAAGAACCCGAGGAAUAUGGAGGAAGCUGAAAGAAUAGGCCUAACUGGGAGGCUGAAGAAAAGUCGGAUGUACGCCCAGUUCAACUAUCAGGAAUGGAGAUAUCCACGGAAGGAGAGAGCAAUAGAUGUAUCUUCUACAAAAAUGGUAUUCAGAGAAUAUAAACCUAAAGAUGAUAUGAUGACCCGACUAAGAGCGCCGAGAAAAGAGUUUGAAGAUUUAAGAACUGAUAAAAUGAGCCAUCGACAGAUAAAGAAAAGAGUGCCGACUUUCCACCGUAGGCGUUUCCCAGCUGAAGCUCACGAGAUUUAUAUCAAAGCCCAUGAACUUUUAAACACAGAGAAUUGGACUUUGCCAAAGAAGCAAGACACAGAGGAAGCGUUGCAUGGUCUUGUGACGGAAUUCGCUUAUCCAACAAUGCUGGAAGGAUUAGACGUGAAGACGAUCAACUGGAAAUUUGUGGAAACCAUUGAACCUCCGAGAACAGUUCAAAUCAUAUGUUUGCCGAUGAUGCAUGAUGAGAACUUCUAUGGCCAAGUCACUGUGAGGUUCCAUACACGACAGCUUCUGACCAUACACGAUCGUUUUGGUCGACUGAUGGUUGGCUCACCGGAUGUCGCUAGAGAUAUCUUGGAAUAUGUCACCUUUGAACGACAUGUUGUGGAUCCGUACGGAAAAUGGAGAAUCCAUGCGAAACGGGCGGCUCAGAAUAAAAGCAUUGAUGAAAUUGAAAAGACGGUCGCGAUAGUUCGACGUAAACCGCAACGUUCAGAAGCUGAGGAAUGGAAGAAGGAACAAGUGGAAGAUCACAGAUAUAUAUGGUUCCCUAAGAGGGAGGUUCUACUUCGACGGAAAAACAGAGCCGCCAGGCCAUACAUCGGAGCACAGGAGCUCCAAAGAAGAAAAAAGUGGAGAGUACUGAAUAUUUUAAAACCUCGGAAACUAAGAAUGAAACGAAAAUAUUUGAGAGUCGUCAGCAGAAAGUCAGCAAAAGUUUACGAAAUGAGACAACGUGGGGAACUCCCCUCACCUCCUGCGUGAGAUUAAAAAAUUCUGAAAGGGGAAUUCCCAGAUACUAUUUCAGGUGGUUUCCCUAUGUUUUUUGGAUUUCUCUGCUGAUGACUUGCUGGAAUUCCCCCUCCCCAUAACAAAAAAGAAGGAUAUCAGAGCUUCCAAUGUGGGGAACUCCCCUCACCUCCCUCCUGACAUUGAAAAUCCUAAAAGGUGGAUUCAUAGGCGGUAUCCCUAUGAUUUGUUGUGGAUUUAUCUUGUUUCUCUGCUAAUGACUUGCUGGAAUUCCCCCUCAUAAUAAAAGGAGGAAUAUCGGGCUUCCAAAUAAGCAACAGUGCCUGUUCAGAGACUUGUAUGGAGGUAAACUUCAUCUCAGUUACAAAGCCUAUCACAACACUGAUUUUGGUUACAUUAUGUCACACACCUUUAUACCAUCGCGAAUAAAACUUUGGAAUAAAUAA